UAUUGAAAGCGGAAGUUGUGGGAUAUACAGCAAAAUGAAGCAAGGGAAAUAGUUGACUAAUAUUGAUAUAAAAUGUCCGGGCGGUUUAAGUCUUACAUCAACCGGUAUGAGGUGGAAAUGAAAGAAAAGGGAAAGGCUACAUUUAAGUCUUAUAUUGCUGAUGGUCUUCAAGAGGAUGGAGGAAAGGAAGAAGUUGAGAAAAAGGCCAACAACUUCUUCGUUGAGGGGUCUUUGGAGCCACACAUGCUACCAGGAGAAAAGUUGAUAGCCAAAGCAGAUGGUGUUCUGAAGUUUGUUCCCUUCUCUGACAGAAAACAGGGUGUGUCUGGACAUUUGUUUGUUACAAACUUCAAGAUCACAUUUUUGACUGCAGACCGAUCUUCAUAUGGUCACAAUGAGGGUGGAAGGAAGCAGCUCAACAAAGUGUUGGGUGACGAUGACAUUCCACUGACAAAAGUCGACAGUAUUUACCAAAUUGUGUCUGGAGGCAAGAAGCGGAGGCUCCAGCCAGCAACAUCUGUGUCUAAUCCUACAAAGUACCUGGAGAUACACUGCAAGGACUUUCAAAUACAUACAUUCGGUUUCAAGUUCUGCGCCAAAGAUCAAAACAAACUGGCUAUAAAUGCCAUCGUCCACCAUUCCUACCCAACCCGAUCUGACCUUCUGUUUGCGUAUGACUACGGCCACAGCAGCAAGUUUACAGAACAAAAACUAGAGACCCGGGUUGUUCUACAAGAGACAGGACUGGGAGGUUGGAGAGUUGCGGACAUGAACACGGAGUUCUGCAAUGCCCCCAGCAUGCCAGAGUUCUUUGUUGUGCCAGUUUAUUUGUUCAACACAGACUUGGUGAAGUUAGCUGUUAUCUACAAUGAUUACAGGCUACCGACCUGGUGCUAUACCCACCCAAACAAUAGCAGUCUAGUUCGAAUGUCUUAUGUGGCGCCAGAAUCAAUAUCCAAAGAAGGCCAUGAAAAAAUAUUAAGUGCAAUAAAGCAGGCCUGCGAUGAGACAGAUGACCCCAAGAGAGUUGAUUUGUCCAGAUUGUGCCCUUCCCUUCGAGAACUCCAGCUGAGCUAUGAGAAGUUGAAAGAAUGCUGCAUGACUGAUUCUGUGAAGGAGUACAUCAGUACAGACCUGGCCUGGUACUCCAACCUAGACAGCACACAGUGGCUCCAGGCAGUCUGCAAGUGUCUACAGAUCACCUUCAGCAUUGUUGUCAGCAUAGAAAAGGACAAGCGGACCAUCAUCAUUGCAGAGGAGACAGGUUGUGACUUCUCAUGUAUUGUGGCCUCAUUGGUUCAAAUGUGCCUUGAUCCCCACUGUCGAACCAUGGUUGGUUUCCAGUCACUCAUACAGAAGGAGUGGGUGGCCAUGGGACACCCCUUCCAGAAGAGACAUGGACUUACCCAGGAAAAUGAAACUGAAAGGGCCCCUAUCUUCCUGCUGUUCCUGGACUGUACGUGGCAGCUGCUGCUGCAAUACCCAUCCUCCUUCGCCUUCACCGAGACCUACCUGACCACUAUUUGGGACAGCGUUCAUCAGGGUCUGUUUGACACGUUUCUGUUCAACAACUGUCACCAACGGCGCAAGUUCAUGAUGGAAGGCCGUCGCAUGGCUCUCGUCCGCUUGCCCAGUGUUUGGGACUGGCAGUUUCAGCUUGGCGACAUCGAUCUUAGUCUCUUCAACAAUCCACUGUAUAUUAUGAGAAACAAGUUUGAUUUGAACGAAGUAGUCUGCAAUGCAAAAAAGACUUUAACAGAAACUGGUGAGAGUCUUCGGGAUGAGAUGUACAAGAUGAAACUGACAGAUUUGUAUCUAGAGGAAGAAAGGUUCUUCCCCGAUGUCAAAGGUAUCCUGUAUCCACUUUUCACACCUUUGGUUGUCAAACUCUGGAAACAGUGCUACAUUCGUUGGAAUAUCCCUGCACAGAUUAUUGGUGGUGGAAACCCAUCUAGAUACCUGCAACAGUGUGUGUUGGUGGAGGAAGUCAUCUGUCUCCAUCAUCGGCUGAAGUUCCUUCAGCGGGAUUCCCAGAGGUCGCAACGACCCAAGAGUGAACUCAUCUUCAGUGUAGAGGAGAAGCAGAAGACUCCAGCACUCCUGAAGUCCUGUGUUCUCACGUCCUCCUUCCCAUUCUCACAUGGACCACCCACCAAGGCCUAUCAUACUCUCCUCUGGAACCCGAUCACAGACUACGUCCAGAACAGCACCAUCGACUAUGACUACACCAACGCAGAUGAUUGAGGUGUAGCUAACAAGUCGAAGUGAGCAAUGUGAUGUCUGAACAAGAAUUGUGUGUGCUCAUUGUUUCAUGAAACUGGAAACAGAUGUCAUGAGCAGGGUUUGAACCACUAGACUACCCCAUCCGUUGUGUAUAAUCUUCAAGAAACCACACUCUGUUGACCAGAGCUGUGUCAGGACAGGCCACCCUGCCACACAGCCAUUUGCAAGUGCCUAUGUCUCCACAGAUAUAACCAAGGCUUGUUUCAUGCCUUGACACUGUACAUGCAAUGAAGAAAAGCUCAAGGGAGAUAAUUCUUUUUGUAGUAAUGAAGUUGUCAAACCAUAGAAUUAUCUCCCUUGCUCAUCACUCACAAACCCCAUACCUCCUGGAAUGAUUUCUACACUUUAUUAAUGAUAUCAUGUUCACUCCUUAACAAGUAUUUCAAAGGAUGUUCAGCUCUUUGUGUAUUUUGUAAAUGUAAAAGUGUAUAAAUCUGGUAAAACUAGUAACUUCAUUCAAAUACAGCUUAUCAGUUUUUUCGUACCUUUAACAAGCAUUUGUAAAGGACAUCCAUGAGUUUGUGUAUCUUGUGAAAAAUUGGAAUAUGGGAAAACUUUAUUCAAAUACAAUCAGGCUUGUAAAUUAUCUUUUUCUGAGAUUGUAAUUCAAGUUUUUCAUUGAAUGACUUAUGUUUAAUUCUAAUGAUGGUGUGAUGAUUUUUAUUUUGUAAUUGGGCUCAUUCAGCAAGAUGUGCCGCUGUAACAAUCGACAAUCAAAACAGGAUGAUUUGAAAAACAUGGCCUUGAUUUUGUAUAAUGUUACUGAUUUGGUGCCUUCAAUAUCUGAAGUGUCUGCUGAACUUAUAUUAUGUUUUAUCACAGAAAUACCAAUAAAUCUUGCCAACACAAAUUCUUUGGACCAUCCAAAUAUAUAAAGCUACCAUUUGUUCAAGAAGGGUUAUUUUGUUUAACAAUCCUGGGUAUACCCAUGACAUGGUACUCUCAGUUUCUAUUUCAGUAUAUAUUUCCUUCAGCUUUAGAUCAAGGUCAUUAUAGAAGUGAGAAAUGACACAAUGGAUAACAGAUAUGGCGAUAUCCAUGGUGACACCUUCAUUACCCUUUCAGGAUUGAAAGUUAUAUUUUACAUUGAGGGAAGUGUAUAUCUAAUAAUGCAUUAGAAGGGCACUUCCAAACAGGUAUUGGCUAAAAUGAGCUUAGAUUUAUCAGUUCAUUAGUACCAGUGUUCUGAAUGAGAUAUGUUCUCAUGGUCAGUGGCUAGUGGUAGGGAACUAUCUUUCAUUUAGUUGAUGCACUAUUCGUCUUCAUUUUACAGGUGUUACUGAAUAUUUGAUUCACAAAUCUUUUAGGACAUGCAACUAUAUAAUCCCAGAACAUCUUGAUCAUGGUUGAGUUGCACUCUGUGUGUAUAUACACUACUAACAACGAAACAAUUUCAUGUCAUUUUGUAUGCCAUUGACAUCCAAGUUAGAGACAUAUGAACCACCUAGUACACCAGAGCACAGGAGUAUCUGAGUUUGUCAGGUUCAUAUAUUCAUAUUGAUGAAUAAAACAUAUGUUUAUCAGUCAGAUAUCAUGCUUGCACAUACUACCACCGAGAAGAAAAUGUUUAUCAAGAGUAUUCUUAAUGAUAAUAUUCAUAUGUCAUAAUCAGUCAAGGUUUCUGGAUUUUACAAAAUUCCUUGGUUUUUCCACCAAUCAGAUUGCAGUCGUUUUGCAAGAGUGUAUUCUUGUCCAUAAUACUUGAAGUUACCAAGUUCUGGUAGAGUUUUGCUAGCUUGCUAUAUUUUAGUUGUGAGCUGUAAAUACUUUAAUGAAAUCCGUAUUACAUGACUAGAAUUUUGACUGUAAUAUUAACAUCUUGUGUUAAAGCCUGAGAAGAAAAAGCCUGAUGUUAACAAUGGUUAAAGUGAGUGAGUUGGGUUUAACGCUCUUUGAUUAGUAUUCCAGUUAUAUCACAGCAUGUCCACUAGGGACCAAGCAAAGCCGGAGGUGAUGCCAGUCUCACAAGUCAUCAGGUUGAUGGAAUCAGUGAGCAUGGAUAUAGCACUGACAAACUCAGAACCAGAAGAGCAGACUGGGAUCCAAUCCCACAAUCAUAGGUUUUUGUAUACCGUAAAAAUACAUUCAGAAUGUUUUAUAAAAAAUUGGAGUUUUUUAAAGAGAAAUGGGUGAGCAGAUUUUGUAUUUGAAAAUCGGAGAAACUCCACCAAAAUUGGAGUGGUUGGCAUCUCUGUGAAUCAUAGGAAGCGGAUAUUGCUGUGUCAGCACUCGCAAGGGGAGAUGAUCUAUAAUGUAUGUUUAUUCCAUGAAUAUGUAUGUACAUUUGUGCUUUGUGAUAAAACUAUUAAGAAUUAAUGCAUUCAAAUUAUGAUCCAAAAUAUUUAAGUCAAGAAGACAAAGUACAAUACACCUGAGUUGUCAUCUGACCAUUACAGAUUACAGAUUUCUGACGGGGAUCAUCAUGUGAGGUACAGUCUUAUGUUACAGCUGUGGUUGUAGGGGAAUUCCCAUUAGGCCUCACUGCAUUGAAUAUCAUGCAGAUUUUAAACACGCUUGGGAGAGGGAAGGUGAUAGAAAUGACCCCAUAAACAUCACACAGAUUAGAUACCAUAUAUUUCUGCCAAUGAAGAGAAAAACUUGUGGCCAGUUUAACUUUUUAAAAUUUCUUAUACACAAACUGUUCAAGACUAUAGUCACAAACUAAAGUUAAAUAUAUUAUUAAUAUUCUGUCAUGUAUUUGUCACGGCAACAGGAUGUUAUCAUUCCUAGCAUGUGCGAGUUAUAUUUGUUAGUGUUUUAUAUGCAUAUUUCUGGGUUUCAUUGUCAGCAUCAUACCUGUGCUGGUUGGUUUCCACAUCCAAGACAUCCAUUACUUUGUGCUUUCCUCCCUACUGCAGACAUGGUUGAGCAAUGAGUAUCAGUACUGACUACCAACACUGAGGUAUGUCGUUGUGCUGGGGUAGCCUAGUGGUCACAAGCAUUCACUCAUCAUGCAGAUGACCCAGGUUCGAUUCCCCACAUGGGUACAAUGUGUGAAGCCCAUUUCUGGUGUCCCUGUUGUGAUAUUGGUGGAAUAUUGCUAAAAGCGACAUAACAGAAUACUUGUCUUAAGUUAUGCAUAGACAUAUGCAGUUGUAGUGUGUCAUACAUGCAGUAUACUUGCCUGAAUGUCACCAGCUGACAGUUAUAGUAGCUGUUGUUUGUUUAGUGUUACUAUCAUUGGUUGAUGUUUUGUUACUGUUGCUAGAGUAAGAUGUAAGAGCAAAUCAUGAACAACAUUAAUGCUACUUUAAGUCAUAGUACGUUUAUGUUCAAGCUUGCAAUCAUAUUUUAAAUUCAUGAUUCUGUAGGGAAUUUGAUGUGCUGGAUGUUGUGCCCUCUAAAGUGGUGUUUAGGAUGCUGCAGUGUGGUAUGCUGGAUGCCAUGAAAUGUUUUAUUGCAUACCAACUUCAUCUUAUAAUACUGCAAGCUUAGGCAAAUUGCAUAUUGCACAGCUGCACUAGCACUUCAUUGCAUGAUAUUGGGACUUUUCAGUAACAGUAACGUUUCAGUCUAUCUUUUCAAACAAAUUCCACGAAUCUGGAAAAUCUGAUGGCUGAAUAGAAAUAUGACAGUUGGUGCUGAGCUUGAAGACUUUCAUUUUGAAGAUUUCAUUUGGAAUCAUCAUCUAGAGUAGCUAGGUUUAACUGUGUAAGCUAUUGUUUCAAGCAUGUAUGUUGGUAUUUACUGACAAUUACCAUGGUUAUAGAUAUCAUAGUAAUGAUUAUAUUAAUCAUAUCCCCCAACCAGCUAGGCGCAACAAAUAUAUGUAGACAUUCCACAUUGAAACCUUGUGUUUCAUGCGCCAUCUUUAAAUACGUACAACAGAUCUUGUGAACAGAAUGAAGAUGAACAUUUUUGGUGCAAGUGGGUAAUUUUGUCAUGGCAGGAUGAUAGUCAUGUAUGGGGUGCUGGGGAUGUAUUCCGAACCUUGGUUGUACAGACCCUGUUAAUCUGGCUAACCCACCUGAAUAAAUACUGCUUGGGUCUCGGACAUGUAUGUAAAAUGACAUGUACAUUAAUCUGGAUGGUUUUAUUUGGAAUGCUUAUGUCCGGAUUAACAGGGUUUAACUUAUAUAUAGCCUGAGUAUUUCCAUUGUGUCCUUCAGGUUGUGAUACUGAAGCUCAAAGCUGUAGAUACAUGUUCUAUAUUGAUCUACAUGUGGAAGCAUACUGGCACAAACCUGUAGCGAAGUAGGUUAUGUAACACAUUCCUGUCUAUCUGUGUAUAUGAUGUAUAUUAUGUUUAGUGUGGAUGUUACAGCAAGAGUGAAAAUAAGGUUUUCAUGAAAUUUACAAAAUUAUUAUUUAGGAUUUGAUCAUGAAAUUACUGAUACAACAUUGAGGAAAUGCUUUUGAAUGCUAUUUUUUGUGAAUACAGUGCUCAUGUAGUGUUAAAUACACUACUUGUAACCAGCUUUCCAUCAACUAUUCUUGAUGGCUUCAUGGUUUAACUUAAGUGUAUAGUUUUGGUAAUCCUGAAACACUUGACCAAAAUUCUAAAUUCCUGAAGUUACUUUAAUUUCUUGAAAUCCGAGCUUCAUAUCCUUACUGUAACAUACUCAUAUGCAAUUAGAUGAGAACCACAAAAUUUUGAAAGCGUAAGAAUAUAUAUAUAUAUAUUUAAAUUGACAAUGGCCAUUUUUGAAGGUGAACAUUUGUACAUGUUGAUUGACAUAAUUAUGUACAUAUUGCUUGAAGAUUUUCCGCCAUAAUUUGAAGCAUAUUAUAUACACUCUGAACUGAAAUGAGAAUAAAUGUAAUGACAAAAUCAA